GCACUUUUGAUUGGGGGCGGUGAUGAAUGUAGAAUAUGAUAAGGAUAGGGCAAUAUUACGGGCGUGGUUAGCGUUGUAUUCCCGCAACGAAACAGUUUCCAUCUUAUCCUGGAAAACCUUAUCCCACCCCCAAACCUUGCCAGAUUCCUCACCAAAAUUUCAUCAAACUCACACUCGCUCCAUCGCCGCUCGAUUGGCAAAUCUUUCCAAUUCUCGACAAGAUUGUAGGAAAAUGGGUAUUCGUGGACGAAGUGGUAGUGAUCGCCUGAGGACAAUUUGGACACCAGAAAUGGAUCGUUAUUUCAUUGACCUAAUGCUAGAGCACGUCACCAAGAGGAAUAGGAUAGAUGAUCAUUUAUUCAGCAAACGAGCAUGGAAGCACAUGACAUCAUUGUUCAAUGCCAAACUCAAAUUCCAAUAUGAAAAGGAUGUUUUGAAGAAUCGUCACAAAACACUGAGAAAUCUCUACAAAGCCAUAAAAAACCUUCUUGACCAGAAAGGGUUCAGCUGGGACGAAACACGGCAAAUGGUGACAGCUGAUAAUAAAGUUUGGGACGAUUAUAUCAAGGUUAAUCUGCAGGUACACCCUGAGUCACGGUCGUACAGGAUCAAAACCAUCCCAUACUAUAAUGAAUUGUGCGUGAUAUAUAGAAAUGCAACUGUUGAAGGAAAAGCUAGCCUUUCUAGCGAAAACGCUAACAUUGACAGAAAUAUACGUGGAUCAGAAAUUGGUGGAUCGUUGGAAGGUUUAGAAUCUCAAGCUCCUUCUGUUGGUGAUGGAGAACUAGGUGAUAAUACGAAGACAGAAUUCACUCCGCCAAGUAGUGUUAGUGAGGGAGCUGUGGCGGUUCUUCAUGAAAUCCUGAUUGAUGAAGACUAUGGCACGUCUAUGUCAAAAGCCAGUGACAAUUUGAUGCCGCAAUCUAUAGUAGAUACUGGCUCGAGGAUUGGUACUCGUUCAAGGACUUAUUGGCAACCACCAAUGGACCGUUAUUUCAUUGACCUCAUGCUAGAGCAUUUGCAGAAAGGGAAUCAAAUUGAUGGUCUAUUUCACAAACAUGCGUGGAUGGAGAUGAUUGCCUCGUUUAAUGCUAGGUUUGGCUUUAAGUAUGACAUUGAGGUUUUGAAAAAUCGAUAUAAAACUUUAAGGAGGCAGUAUAAUGUUAUAAAGAAUCUUCUUGACUUGGAUGGGUUUUUCUGGGAUGAAACAAGACAAAUGGUGGCGGCUGAUGAUUGUGUCUGGCAAGAUUAUAUUAAGGCACAUACAGAUGCACGACAAUACAUGACCAGACCAGUGCCAUACUACAAAGAUUUGUGUGUUAUAUGUAAAGAAUUGAGCAGUGAUGGAAGAGACUCUCACUCCGGUCAUAAUUUAAGCCAACAAUAUGAAGUCACUGAAAUCAAAUUUGAUAGAUCAUUUAAGGCUUUCGAAUCUCCAGUUGCAUCAGUUUCUAGUGAUGAUCAAGUUGGUGAUGUACAGGAAUCCUCACAUGUGGGUUUCAAAAUCAGUGGCUCUGAUCAAAAGAAGCAUCACUUAGAAAACCUUCCAUACCCUGCACAUUCCAAGAAAGCACGGGGCAAGGAUGAGGGCAUGGCUAGCGCUCUUCGUGAGAUGGCAACUGCAGUUUCUUGUUUGGCAGAUAAGAAAAAGGAUGAUGAGGAAUCAAACUCAAUCUCUGUAGAGAAUGUGAUCGAAGCAAUCCAGGCUUUACCCGACAUGGAUGAAGAACUUGUUUUGGAUGCUUGUGAUUUUUUGGAGGAUGAAAAGAAAGCGAAAACAUUUUUGGCAUUGGAUGUUAAACUGAGAAAGAAGUGGCUGAUUAGGAAGCUUCGUCCGCAACCGUUGUAGAGAACAUUUUUGUGCAGUUGGUUCUGUAGAGCAUUUUUCUGAUUGAUAUGAACUGGCUUUGCUGUUCACCCUGUAGUGAAAAUUAAUGAAAUAACAAAUGUCUUGAUAGUGAAAUUUGUUUUUAUGGUC